AUGAUCACGGGCACGGACUUCUACCACGUGAUGACGGCGGUGGUGCCGCUGUACGUGGCCAUGAUCCUCGCCUACGGCUCCGUCAAGUGGUGGGGCAUCUUCACGCCGGACCAGUGCUCCGGGAUCAACCGCUUCGUCGCGCUCUUCGCCGUCCCCCUCCUCUCCUUCCACUUCAUCUCCACCAACAACCCCUACACCAUGAACCUGCGCUUCAUCGCCGCCGACACGCUGCAGAAGCUCAUGAUGCUCGCCAUGCUCACCGCCUGGAGCCACCUCUCCCGCCGCGGCAGCCUCGAGUGGACCAUCACCCUCUUCUCCCUCUCCACGCUCCCCAACACGCUCGUCAUGGGCAUCCCGCUGCUCAAGGGCAUGUACGGCGACUUCUCCGGCAGCCUCAUGGUGCAGAUCGUCGUGCUCCAGUGCAUCAUCUGGUACACCCUCAUGCUCUUCAUGUUCGAGUACCGCGGCGCCCGCAUGCUCAUCACCGAGCAGUUCCCCGACACCGCCGGCGCCAUCGCCUCCAUCGUCGUCGACCCGGACGUCGUCUCGCUCGACGGCCGCAGCAACGCAAUCGAGACCGAGGCCGAGGUCAAGGAGGACGGCAAGAUUCACGUCACCGUCCGCCGCUCCAGCGCCUCCCGCUCCGACAUCUACUCCAGGCGCUCCAUGGGCUUCUCCAGCACCACGCCGCGCCCCAGCAACCUCACCAACGCCGAGAUCUACUCGCUGCAGUCGUCGCGGAACCCCACGCCCAGGGGCUCCAGCUUCAACCACACCGACUUCUACUCCAUGGUCGGCCGGAGCUCCAACUUCGGCGCCGCCGACGCGUACGGCAUCCGCACCGGCGCCACGCCGCGCCCGUCCAACUACGAGGAGGACGCGCCCAAGCCCAAGCAUCCGGCGCCCGGGGCGGGGCACUACCCCGCGCCGAACCCGGCGGUGGCCGCGGCGCCCAAGGGACCAAAGAAGCCGGCCACGAACGGACAGGCCAAGGGCGAGGACCUCCACAUGUUCGUCUGGAGCUCCAGCGCGUCGCCGGUGUCGGACGUCUUCGGCGGCGGCGCGCCGGACUACAACGACGCGGCGGCCGCCAAGUCCCCCCGCAAAAUGGAUGGAGCCAAGGAGAGGGAGGACUACAACGUGGAGCGAGACGACUUCAGCUUCGGGAACAGGGGCGCGCUGGACCGGGACACGGAGGCCGGCGACGAGAAGGCCAUGACGGCGGACCCGAACAAUGCGAUGAGCGCGGGGCAGACGGCGAUGCCGCCGACGAGCGUGAUGACGCGGCUGAUCCUGAUCAUGGUGUGGCGCAAGCUCAUCCGCAACCCCAACACCUACUCCAGCCUCAUCGGCCUCAUCUGGUCGCUCGUCUGCUUCAGGUGGAACUUCACGAUGCCGGCAAUCGUCCUGGGAUCCAUCUCCAUCCUGUCGGAUGCGGGGCUAGGAAUGGCCAUGUUCAGGUCUGUUCAUGGCGCUGCAGCCGCGGAUCAUCGCGUGCGGGAACAAGGUGGCGACGUACGCCAUGGCGGUGCGGUUCCUCGCCGGGCCGGCCGUCAUGACCGCCGCCUCCUUCGCCGUGGGCCUCCGCGGCACGCUCCUGCACGUCGCCAUCGUCCAGGCCGCGCUGCCGCAGGGCAUUGUCCCCUUCGUCUUCGCCAAGGAGUACAGUGUGCACCCCGACAUCCUCAGCACAGCGGGUCAUAUUCGGCAUGCUCAUCGCCCUGCCCAUCACGCUCGUCUACUACAUCCUGCUCGGCCUGUGAGCGAGCGCCACAUGUAAAGAUCCAUCGCUUCGCUACCGCAGGCUCAGGAGCGGCAGAGGAGGAGGAUGCGUGCUUGGAGCACGAGGGGGGCUCUUCAUUUUUCGUUCCCUCUCUCUAG